ACACUCAUAAUUCCACCCACGAUGAAUAAACAAAUGGACAACCCACUGUUGAACGAAGAUCUGACAAAGAAUUCUCACAUAAGAUUGAACCAGCGCUGCCAACUUAAAAAAUGCGAUUAAUACUACUCCCUUCCCCUUCCUGUUAUGCGUGUGGUGUAGUCAAAACAAAUUAACGCCCCUCUCUCUUGCUUUGUGUUUUUUUUCACCCUCUUUCCAUCUUCAUAAAGUGAACUCGCACAUAAAGCCAGCAUACAAACAAUCUAAAACAUUCUUUCUUGCACUAAGAACAGCUGCAGACAAAGGAGGUGAACACGAUCCUUCUUUCCCUUUCCCUCUCUCUCUCUCUGAAGUCAUCAGUUGCUUUUCUUUCCCCUUUUCUUCUGAAUUUAUGGACGCUGCUUCAUGGCCACGGCCAUCUCUUAAUAAGGUUUCAAGAUUGCAUGGUUUGAUUACUUCGUACAAUAUCGCUAUGGAUCUCCUUCAUCAUCUCAGUACUCUAGGGUUUGCAGGAUAUUAAAUUGGCAAGACCCAUGGAAGAGAUGACAUCAAAUACAUGCGGAAGGCCUGUGUUAGAGAGAAAAGCAAGGCCUCAAGAGCAGUUGAACUGUCCAAGAUGCAACUCAACCAAUACCAAGUUUUGUUACUAUAACAACUACAGUCUCACACAACCAAGAUAUUUUUGCAAGACUUGCAGAAGGUACUGGACUGAAGGAGGAUCUCUUAGAAACGUUCCUGUUGGAGGAGGUUCAAGAAAGAACAAGAGAUCUACAUCAUCAUCAGUAGCAGCAUCUGCAGCUCCGUCGAAGCUCCCCGAUCUCAACCCACCAAACCUCUCUCACUUCUCUUCUCAGAAUCCUAAGAGCGGCCAUGAAGGUCAAGACCUUAAUCUGGCAUUCCCAGCUAUGCAGGAUAGUCAAGCUCUGGAGCUACUAAGGAGUGGAAUUGCUUCUAGGGGUUUGAAUUCUUUUAUCCCAACACCGAUGCCGGAUUCAAACACACUUUAUUCUUCGGGUGGAUUCCCUUUGCAAGAAUUGAAACCAACUCUGAGUUUUUCUCUUGAUGGGCUUGGAAGUAGAUAUGGAGUUCAAGAACAUAAUGGAAGGCUUUUAUUUCCUUUUGGUGAACUGAAACAGCUUUCAAGCACAAAUGAAGUUGAUCAAAACAAGGGACAAGGGACUUCAAGUACUGGAUACUGGAACGGAAUGUUUGGUGGAGGAUCAUGGUAAAAGAGAGAAGAAAGAGACAAGGAGCCCAAGAAACCACUAUAUCAUUCUUUCUUUUCACUCAUUUUCACAUGGUAUUGGGUCACAUGUUGAAAGCUGUUCAUGACUAACAUAUAUAGGACACAUAUGGUUUCCUUUUUUGCUUUGCUUUGUAUUCUGCUCUUCACUCUUUUGAGCAGUGUAAAAAUUUUGAAGCUCAUUUGGUUUUUGGCUUCAAAAAGGGUUCUUACUCGUAUAAUGUUUUCAAGAUAGAAGAAGAUUUGAAUAUGAGUCUGGGUUUUCUCAUGGCAGUAAGACUUGUAUUCAUGAAGUCUUCUAUCAGGAUUUGCACCUGAAGUAUUAUUGUAUUGAGUGUCCAGAGUUGGUUCAGUUUAAGCUUUCAAUGUAUGCAAUGAGACUGAGAUUUGGAAGAAGUUUCAAGGAAAAAAAUAUUCUAUCAGUUACAUA